UCUGUGAGAAAAGCCUGGGCACUACGCGAACCUUUUCCGCAAAAUCGUCAUUUUAUUCCUAUAAUCCCUGGUUGUCAGCACGAGGAGCGGAAAUUCAAACCGCCCGGUUUUGCGAAUUAAUGAAAUCUCGCACCCCCUCUCACCUCAGUCCCGAGUUUCUCUCUCGUCAGCUUCGAGUUUAUGAAUCAUUGACGAGGAGUAAUUAGUUAUUUAUAAAGAUUAUAAAUGAAAAAGCAUUGUGCUGUGAAGGCUGGCUUACAGAAGACUGAGGGAAUGAAUAGGGACGUUGGCUCCUCUGACUUCAUAAGCAACUUACCUGAUUGUAUUCUGAGUUGUAUCACUGGACGUUUAUCCAUGAAAGAUGCAGUGAGGACAAGUGUAUUGUCAAAAAAAUGGAAAUACGUAUGGACUAGUGCCACAGGUCUUGAUAUGAAUGAAGAUUGCUUUUGCUUAAAUAACCAAAAUGGAUGGAGAAAUGAGAGGAGAAUAUCAACAGAAGAUAAGAGAAAAAAAAUGGUCAAAGCUGUCAGCCAUGUUUUUAAUAGUCAUAUUGGUCAUAUUGAAAAGUUUCAGCUCUUAUUUAACCCUGGUAUCUACACCUCCCAUGUUGAUCAAUGGAUUUCUUUCCUCACAUGCAGUGGUGCACAAGAAGUUGAUCUUGAUUUUCGAUUUCAACUGAAAAAAUUUGUUGUGAACUUCUAUCGAUUGCCUUCGUAUUUCUUCGAUUGUGAGUCUCUUAGGGUAUUGACUCUGCAAAAUUGCCUUAUACAACUACCAGUGGAUUUUAAAGGCUUUAAAUCCCUCGCGGUUCUUGUUCUCUCUGGUGUUUACAUACAAGGUAGCCAUCUUGAGGGUUUAGUUUCUAAAUGUGAGCGUCUUCAAAGCUUGACAUUGCAAAACGCUUGGGGUUUUAAGUUUAUAAAGAUCCGUUCUCCACUUAAGUCCCUUCAGUGCUUGACAAUAGAUAACAAUUGCCGUGUAAGUCUAUGUGAAGUUUUGGUUGAUGCUCCAAAUUUGUUGUCGCUGAAUGUCACUGGUUACAUGAGCAAUCACUUCAACGUUCAUGCGCUUGUGUUUAACUUUCCUCGGUUGGUGAACUUCUCUUGCACAUGUGUGUCUCACAGUCCCUUCACACUGGAUGGUGAACAAGCUGAUGUGCUAGUCAUGGUUCUAAAAAAGCUGGCUUAUGUCGAGAAUAUGUCCUUGCUUGGAUCUUUCAUCAAGUUGUGUAUCGGUAGAUCAAAUUUCCCUGUUUUUGGGAAUUUGAGGAAACUGUCGAUAAAGGUGGACAUGACACAACCAUUGGAGGUUACAGAAUUCACUUGCUUUCUUAAAAGCUGUCCAUCAUUAAAAGAACUUGUUAUUUGGUGUGAUGAACCUCAUGGGAAAAAAUAUUCUUCAGGGCUUUGGGAAAAUGUGGAGCCUACCGACUGUAUUAUCCACCAUCUUGAGAGAGUGGUGAUAAAUGACUUCAGUGGAGAGGAGGAUGGGAUGGGAUUUAUGAACUUUUUGCUUAAGAAUGCACGAGUACUCAAAAAGAUCACAGUUAAUUUUAAUAAGGGACUAUGGAAGGAUACACAAGAACUUGCUCUUAGGGGAUUGAAGCGGUUGGAGAGAGCUGACGGUCAUGUCGAAUUGCUUAUUGGUUAUGUGUCAUUUUGGGAUGAUUAUAUCCUGAUUCGAAAAUGUGCGGGUUCCACAUGUACAUCAUGACAUGGGUAAAAUGUGCCAGUUUGAUUUGGUCAAGAUUUUCGCAUCUACUUUACCUCGAAUUCAGUUUUAUUGAGAAGAUUGUGACAAGUAUUGGAUUCCCAUUUUGCUUUCAAUGUUUGAAUUUUCUACCCAUCUCUUCAGAUUAGAGCGCUGUCUACCUUCAUUGGAGUAUGAGUCAUAGAUAUAACAGUUUCUCCCAGUGUACUUGGAAUUUUGUCGUUUAUCUACUUAAAUGCACACUUGUUGCAUUACCAAUCAACAUGAAAUGGUGGUGACAAAGAACUUUGGAGGAGUGAAAGGGACUGAUGUUUUUGCAUGUGCAUGCAAGUUCACAGCUCAAAAAGAUGAUCGGUUUAGUUGUUGACUUACUCUCGAAUCUAGAAGAUUGAAUCAGUUUAUAUUAUCAUAUCUAGUUUAAAUAGUGUGGAGCAGUUUGCAAAGACUUCCAAUGAAGUAACUAGAAAUCUGGUUAGAUUUUU